GCCACUCUCAACAUCAAGCCCUUCACCGAAGCCAUCUUCGGCCCAGCCGGUCCUACCAGAAGCCACUUGUUCUUCUCAACCCGCGGCUGUUCCACGCUCAAGGCCAGCCACAAGCUCACAGACUUCACCUCGAUCCACAUCGUCAGUGGAAUCUGCCUCUUCUCACAGCGACAUCUCGGCACUGAACAUGGCGAGAUCAGUGAUCAGUGUCCACCGCUACCGUACGACACAAAACCCACAAUGUACGAGCUGGAAACUCUUCUCCGCCUCAGCUCUGCCAUAGCGGACACCGUCUCGCUCCUCCCCGCUUCGGUGCCACCUCCAACAGUCACGUUGGAUGUACCGCGGAUUCAAUACUACGCACCGAUCCUGGCCGCUUUCUCGUCCGGCCACUGUACCCGCCGCGAGAUGGAAGCCUGGCUGGCAGCAAUCGAUACCCGACACGACCAGCUGGCCACUAUAUUUCCGGCCGUAGUGCAUGCUUUCCUUUCAUCCCGCGGCAUCCACAACAUUCGUGUGGAAGUAUCUUCAACCCUUGACGUGCUCCUCCCGUACAUCCGCGACCACCUUUCCUCGUCCACGCCACUCCACAUCACGGGCAUCCUCAAAGAGCUCGUCCGCGUCGAUCCACUAUGGGCAUCCUACCUCCCUAACCCGCCACCAGCAGACCUAACAGCCCUCAGCAAAUCCUCGUACUCCUACACGCUCGUCCGACCUGCGCUCUCCAGCACCCCGAGCGACAAAGUCCUCCUGCUGCAUAUCGAUAACCCGGCGGAAUGGCGCAUCUUCUUGGAGGCACAGAAGGCGCUUGGCGAACGGCCCGGGAUGCUGCUGGGACUCUACCCGCUCGAACGAGUAUUCACAGGGGAGAGCACCGGACGAUCCAGUCUGUAUCUGCAGGAUCCCGGGCAGAUGCUGUGGGAUUGUGAGAGCGGGGAGGUGGGAUUGAGAGACGUGCUGGAGACGAUUUAUGGAACGAAGACAGUGCUGGCUUACGGUGGAGCGAAUGUAUUAUACGGGUGAUUAUGCUGGAAUUAUGCCAGAAUGUAUCUAUCGAG